CGGGCGCAAAGCCUUCGCAAGCCUCUAAUUAAGUGAAAGUGAAAGUGAAAUCUCUUCUCUUCUCUUCGCUUCCUCCUCCUCCUCAUUCCUCCACAGUCGAGAUCGCUUCAAUGCGAGGUCUAUCCUUCGCUCUCUACCCUCUAUACUCUCCUCGCCUCUCCUCUCCCCUCCCCUCCUAGCACCUGUCCUACAACAACUAGUCCUACCCGGCACCACCAAUCAGCCGGCCUACCACACAAUAGCAAGACGCGGACCUGAAUAACAUACACUACUGGAAUUGUCUCAAUGCACACGGAAUCAUAGACUGCUCUUCCAUGUCGACAUCCGUGGCUGCUUCUGCGGACUCUGCCUCGACCAGUCGUGCGGGACGACUUCGCCGCCUCAGCCAGCUCCGCACGUAUACACAAAGCCAUCUUAUCCCAACAGCAUCGUCGCCAACCUCGCCCACGUCGCCGACCAGCAGCACCAGCACCGGCACCAGGCGCCAUCGCAACAGCCUGAGCCGCGUCGUCGCCCUGUCGUCGCCCUUCCAUUUCUCCUCAUCCUCUCCCCCUUCCGACCCUCAGGCCGCCGCGCUACCCCCAGCCAGCAGCCCUCCCGCGGCUCGAGACUCUAGCCUCAGCUCAAACUCGGAGCUGCACGACCACAUCCUCACAGGCUCGUCAGAGUCCUCGCAGUCCAUACCGUCGCAUGCCCCAGCCGACCUCGGGACGCAGACUGCGCCCAGAGUCGACGUCGUGGCUCCCGCACCGAACAACGACCAGCCAUCUGGCUCAGAAUCGGCCGUCAAUUCAGACGCCGAUUCUGCGACAGCCAAAUCCAAGAUGAACAACACCAUCCGUUUCUUUCCCUACCAGGACCCGCACCAAACCUCGCGCCCAUCGCUGCAGUUUUCUUCCAUGUCCCGCAACCUGCCGUCCGAAGAGUCCGUCAUUCGCGUGGGCCGAUAUUCAGAGCGCGAUGGUGUGCCGGUCGCCAACCCCGUAGAGCCGUCAGAUGCGCCAAUUGGGUUCAAGUCCAAGGUUGUGAGUCGUAGACACUGCGAGUUUUCUUUUGUCGACGGGCAAUGGCAUCUCAAGGAUGUGGGCAGCUCAUCGGGUACCUUUUUAAACCGAAUCCGCCUGAGUCCGCCCAACAAGGCAUCGCGACUAUACGCCGUCCGCGAUGGAGACAUUGUCCAGCUGGGAAUUGAUUUCAGGGGCGGCGAGGAGAUGAUUUUUCGAUGUGUGCGUAUCAGGGUCGAGUGCAACCGGACCUGGCAGCAAAGACCGAAUGAGUUCAACAAAAACACAGAAAACCUGAUCAACAACCUGGGCAAAGGCAAGGCAGCCGCCGACUUUGCUGGCUGUAGGGAAUGCUCAAUCUGUUUAGGAUCUGUUUUGCGGCCCUACCAGUGUCUGUUCAUGGCAGCCUGCGCGCACGUCUGGCAUUACAAGUGCAUCAGCCGACUGAUCCACUCGCGAGAUUAUCCAAUGUUUCAAUGUCCAAAUUGUCGUGUUUGGACUGACUUGAAUGCAGAAGUAGACGACACCGUCGACUUUGAAGACGAUUCCAAGCACAAUGGCGAGAUGGAGGUUGAACAAACGGCGAGCGCAGAUAAUGGUAGCCCGACGACAGGCCAAAGCGAUCCUGUCGCUGAGCACCCUGCUAACGGGGCUGUAGUAGGGGAUACCGAACUUGUCGCCAUUGUCGAGAACAUGGACUUGGAGGAUAGAAACACUCCCAUGCAGGAUGCUGAGAAUCCGGAUAGCACAGAAGCGUCCGCAGACUCUACUACACAAAAGCAGUCUACAAGCCGGUCUGCUAAUAUACCUAUUCCCUCGUCACCUCGUCAUGGACAGUCUGAUUCCCGUUCGCAUACGCCUGCAGACACCGAGAAUUUCGAAGACAACCCCAUGACGCCGCGAAACGACACUGGUCCUCUUGCCCUUGAUGGCCGAGCCGGGCGUAUCUAGUCCACCUUAUCUUGUCUUGGACAUGGAUUGAUUUUCUUGGAUCUGCACGGAAGGUUCGAAUUGCAUAGCCUGUUGGCGUCGAGAAGAAGGUGGGUUGGUUUAUUUCUCUCUGCUUUAUAAUGAUUUAUUUGUGUAUUAUUGCAAUUUAGCGAUGCCCGGCUAGUUUCACAUCUCUGUAUUCUCUUCGUUUUUGCAUCAAUCGAUACAUGAAUAUUAUUUUACUACGCAUCAAUUGAUAU